CUUCCUAGAAGGACUCAGUUUCCCUUUCCUUAGGGUGAUCCCUAUUCCGGCCGCCAAGUCCUUCUACGGCAGCAUUUUUGGGGAGCAUUCCUUUAGGAUCCAUACGUUUAAAAACAACCACCACAAAAAAACAACUAAAAGCAAAGACCUCCCCUCCUUUCCCUUCCCCCACCCCCAAAAAAGAACAAGCUCCGCCCCACCCCCAACACCUCCAGCGCAGUAUUAUCGCCUCCCCCACGGAGCGGGAGUGGUGGUGGGCUUCCGAGUGACCAUGCAGGCAGGAGAAGCGGGGUCCGCCAUGAAAGUGUCCGAAAGUGAAGGGAAGCUGGAGAGCCUGGGCUCAGCAGCGACCCUCAGCAACAAAAACAGCAGCAACAGCAGCGGUGGCGGCGGCGGGAUCAGCAGCAGCAGAAGUAGCAGUGCCAAGGGCUGGCAGUACAGUGAUCACAUGGAAAAUGUUUGUGGCUAUUUGAUGAAAUAUACCAAUCUUGUCACUGGCUGGCAAUAUCGGUUUUUCGUUUUAAAUAAUGAAGCUGGACUAUUGGAGUACUUUGUGAAUGAACAAUCUAGAAAUCAGAAGCCCAGAGGUACUUUGCAUCUAGCUGGAGCUGUAAUAUCCCCCAGUGAUGAGGACUCUCAUACCUUCACUGUAAAUGCUGCCAGCGGGGAGCAAUAUAAACUCAGAGCCACAGAUGCUAAAGAACGACAACAUUGGGUUAGCAGACUUCAAAUAUGUACACAACAUCAUACAGAAGCUAUUGGAAAGAAUAAUCCUCCUCUGAAGUCUCGGAGCUUCUCACUUGCAUCUCAAGGUAGUGGUAAUUCUCCUGGGUCACAGAGGAGACCAAGUCAGAAUGCCAUUUCUCUUUUUAAUGUUGGACAUUCCAAACUGCAGUCCAUGGGCAAAAGAACUCAGUUGCAACCUGACCACCUUGUGGAAGUCAGAGAGAUGAUGUCUCAUGCAGAAGGACACCAAAGAGAUUUAAUUAGACGCAUUGAAUGCCUUCCUGCUUCUGGCCAUAUUACCUCUUUGGAUCAAGAUCUCUUAAUGCUCAAAGCAACUUCCAUGGCAACUAUGAAUUGUUUGAAUGAUUGUUUUCACAUUCUCCAGCUACAACAUGCAUCACAUCAAAAAGGAUCUUUACCUUCAGGGACGACAAUCGAAUGGUUGGAACCAAAACUACCUUUGCCAAAUCACUAUAAGAAUGGAGGUGAUCAAACCUUUGCACCUGAGCAGAAUAAGCCAGUGGCAGUCCGAGAAGAGCCAUCCAGUUCAGAAUCUGGACUCUUAACAAGGGAACCUGAGGAAAUAAAUGCAGAUGAUGAGGUGGAGGAUACUUGUGAUAAUAAAGAAGAUGACUUGGGAGCUGUAGAAGAACAGCGCAGUGUUAUCCUACAUCUACUGUCGCAGCUUAAACUGGGCAUGGAUUUAACAAGAGUAGUUCUUCCCACCUUCAUUCUAGAGAAACGUUCUUUGCUGGAGAUGUAUGCAGACUUUAUGUCUCAUCCAGAUCUCUUUAUAUCUAUCACCAAUGGAACUACUGCUGAAGACAGGAUGAUUCGUUUUGUAGAGUACUAUCUUACUUCAUUUCACGAAGGCCGUAAGGGAGCUAUUGCAAAGAAACCCUACAAUCCCAUCAUUGGAGAAACAUUUCACUGCUCCUGGAGGAUGCCGAAGAGUGAGGUAGCAUCCAGCAUGACUUCCAGCUCUUCCUCCCAGGCAAUUGCAGAUCAUUCUUCUCUGCCGGAGCCUUUGAGCCAGGUGGAAUCAAACUGUUAUACUGUCAGAUUUGUUGCUGAACAGGUAUCUCAUCAUCCUCCAGUCUCGGGGUUUUAUGCAGAAUGUGCAGAGAGGAAGAUGUGUGUAAAUGCCCACGUUUGGACUAAAAGCAAAUUCUUGGGAAUGUCAAUAGGAGUGACAAUGGUUGGAGAAGGUAUCCUUAGUCUCUUGGAACAUGGAGAGGAGUAUACAUUUUCCCUGCCAUGUGCUUAUGCCCGAUCAAUUUUAACAGUUCCUUGGGUAGAAUUGGGUGGAAAAGUCAAUGUUAAUUGUGCAAAGACUGGAUAUUCAGCUAGCAUCACUUUUCAUACUAAGCCAUUUUAUGGUGGUAAACUGCACCGGGUUACAGCUGAAGUAAAACAUAAUUCUUCAAAUACUGUGGUGUGCAGAGUGCAAGGGGAAUGGAAUAGUGUCCUAGAGUUCACUUAUAGCAAUGGCGAGACAAAGUAUGUGGACUUGACUAAACUAUCUGUGACCAAAAAAAGAGUACGACCCUUGGAAAAGCAGGGCCCUUUUGAAUCUCGACGACUGUGGAAAAAUGUUACAGAGUCUCUGAGGGAUUCUGAAAUUGAUAAGGCAACAGAACAUAAACGAGCUCUAGAGGAACGUCAGAGGAAUGAAGAGAAACAUCGUGCUGAAACAGGCACACCAUGGCAAACCAAAUACUUUAUUAAAGAGGGAGAAGGCUGGGUUUAUCAUGACCCACUUUGGAAAACGAUCCCAGUGACACAGCCUAGUGAGUGACACCAGCUAACUAAGUCUACAGGAUUUGGUUUCUUCUGCUUACUUUACCCCUUACACUGUCAGAAUGGAGUUGCUGCAAUAAGUGUCUUGUUUUAUGAUGGCACAGUUUAAAAGGACACAUCUACCAGGGCACUUUAGUACUACCAAAAAUCCAAGAUAAUGAAGUGGACCUUUCCACCAACUUCUUUCAUAUAAUGCAAACAAUACCAUCUUCAAGUCUUUUACAUGAAUUAUUAGGUAAUUUAUUUUUUAUCUGGUUCCAGCUACUAAGGCUAACCAAGUUUCAGAGCUUUUGACUUUGCAAGUAGCAACCAGACCCAGUAGUAUGGGCAUAGUGCCUCUGAUUUUGUUGACAUAGUCUCUUUUAAGGUUUAUACUUUGCUUUGUGUCAGGGAUUGAUUAUUCCCUGUUCAUACAAGCAAAACCAGAAGAGCUAAAGUUGCACAGCUUGUGUUUCAAAGAAGAAAUUUGUGGAAAAAAAAAGACCUCAAUUAAGGUGGAAUCAGUCACUGGGCUGGAAUCAGUGUUGGAAACCAGCCAGAUUGGGGUGACAAGACACACCUCUUCUUCAGAAAAGACUGUACCCAUAUCUGAGAAUAGUAUCAAUCUCUGUUGAAAUUCCCUUUUUAAAAAAUUAUAAAUUGAUCAGAAUUAUAACCAUGGAGAAUUUUUUCCCCACUGAACCAUUUUAAUAUACUUGAACACAAAAUUGACUUAAAUGGAAAAAAAUCUUUCAGAAUGCUUUUCAGCAGAUUUUAAUAAAUAUCACAUGUGAGAGAUUGUUUUUAACAAACAUACUUGUAAGUGUGGUAACGUUUUGGGACUUUCUUGAACUAAGGCAGUGAAAGGAAUAGCAGACAUUAAAAAAAUAUAUAUUACUUUUUUUGUCCUUAAUUUUUUUUUCAUUUUGAAAGCCAAUAUAUCCAGUAUUAUAUUCUAUUCCUGUGGAUUAGUUUGAUUUCACUUCAUUCAGAAUUCAGAGCAACCAUCAGUAUUUCUCAUUAAGCUAGGAAGGGCUAUUAAUUGUGAUGGAAAACACAUGAACUGUAGUUUUGCUUUAUUUUGUUUUAAAAAUCAUAUGUCAAAGAAAGGUUAGUAUUUGAAAUAGAAACAGUAGGAAAUUGUAUUCAGAUACAGACAUUCUUUUAAUAAGUAUUUUAUUGAAGCUUAAGAAUUGCUGGCAAACAAGAGGAUAGUGCUGAUUAUGGCUUUCAUUAUACAUUCAUUCAACAAGUAUUUAUUGAGUACUUACUGUGUACUCAACACUUGUUAUUACAAGCUACCUUAAUUUUCCCAGAGUGGUGCCUUAUUCUGUUUCUUCUGAUGUAGUCUUCCAAUCAGUGUGUAUCUGUAAUAAAUUUAUUCACUAGCCAUUCAGGUGGCUGAUUCCAUUGCAUCAUCAUGAGAACUCCUAAACUGUGUGAUCCUGUCACUUGUAUUCUACUAAAGGGAUAAAUGAAAUGAGAAUAUCCAAAAAAGGUUUAAAUAGUUUUUCAACAAACUGUAAACCACACAUGCAAACAAUUUCCUUUAUGCACAAUUACUUAAUAAUUCCCUUGUUCAUUUUGCUGUGAAAUGCACUGAAAAAUCUCAAAAUGAGUCAUGGUCCCCAUGUGGGAAAAUGGAAAAAUAAUAAAACUACCAAACAAUA